CUCUACAAACAGUUCUCUUCAUAACAUAUUUGCAGCGCAUCGUCAUGGUGGACGUUCUGGAGACAACAUCCGGCGUUGUAACAGUCCUCGACCUAUCUAAAACUAUACUAGGGUACCUUCGAAACGUCCAGCAUGCAUCUGGCGAUCGCAGACAGUUGCGGCAGGAGCUCAUCUCCCUGAGGGGAAUUCUCGAGGAGCUCAAGGAUACAGUCGAAGGGGUUAACUCAGAUAGACACAAAGAAUGGUCAGCAUGCUUGAGUGUCCUUAACCGCGACGAUGGACCUCUGCAGCAGCUCAAGGAAGCGCUUCAAACACUACAAAAGAUUCUAGGCCCCUCUUCAAACGAUAAGGGCUCGAAAGCAGCAGUCAGCAGCCUAUUAUUUCCAUUCCAGAAGAGUAGCAUUGAUAAAGCGCUUAAGGCUAUCCAAAGACAGAAGAGCCUCAUUGUCCUAGCCAUUGAAAACGACCACUUUGCGCUGUCCCAAGCUAUUCUAGCCAAUGUCAAGAGUGGUAUACAAAAAUGGGAAGAGAGCCAAGAACAGCAACACCGUCAAAAGGUAAUCAGCUGGAUUACACCUGUUGAUUAUAGCCUGAACCACGCUGCAUUCGCCAAUCAAUGUCAGGAAAACACUGGGCAAUGGAUUUUAGAUUCAGCGGAGUUCCAAAGUUGGCUACAGGAAAAGAAGGCAACCCUGUUUUGCACAGGUAUUCCUGGCGCCGGGAAAACAAUUAUAACUUCAACUAUCAUCGAGCACCUCCAGCAGCUGUUCCAUGAUGACACGUCAGUUGUGGUGGCGUACAUCUACUGCGAUUGGAAACGGCACCACGAGCAGCGGCACAAUGAUCUGCUUUCUUCGUUUGUGAAGCAGCUUGUUACAAAGUGCGAUUCAUUGCCACCUUGUGUAUCAGUUCUCUAUGAGAAUUGGGAGUCUCAUCAGAAGCGCCCGAUGAAUGAAGACCUCGUCGCCACUCUUGAAGCUGUUGCUGCCCUCUUCUCCCGCGUCUUCUGGGUAAUCGAUGGCCUGGACGAAUGCGAUCUACAUCAAUGCAAGACGUUCCUCACUGACAUAUUUGCCAUUCAAAACCGAUGCAGAGCGAAUCUUUUGGCAACCUCGCGACAUAUACCGGAAAUCAUAGAGAUGUUCUCAAGUGGCCUAAAACUGGAAAUUCGAACCAAUGAGGAUGAUAUUCGCACAUACAUCGAAGGUCAUAUUUCGGAGCUACAUGCAUGCGUACUCAAACACCCAUCUCUCCAGACCGAUAUUAUUAACGGAAUCUCAGCUGCUGCUGGUGGAAUGUUUCUCCUAGCUCGAUUUUAUUUCAACGCACUAAAAUAUCAACUCACACCAAGAGGUAUUCGGGAUGUUAUUAGACAAUUUCAAAAUCCACCAUUGACAGACGAGGACAAGUCCGCGGCACUCGCGAAAUUGUACGUCGAUCAAAUGGAAAGGAUUGUUGCUCAACCGCCUCGCCACCGAAAAUUGGCACAGAGCACCUUAUCUUGGCUCGUAUGUACGAGAGAGCCGCUCACAACAGUCCAGCUCCAACACGCUCUGGCUGUAGAAGUCGGCGACGACGAGUUUGACCAAGACAACAUACCUGAUAUUCAAGAUGUGCUAGCCGUAUGCAUCGGACUUGUAACUUUCGAUGACGAAACAGGGAUCAUUAGGCUGGCUCACUAUACUACUCAAGAAUACCUGGAGGAAACGCAAACCCAAUGGCUUCCGAUGUCGAACGAUUACGUCACAUCAACUUGCUGUACCUAUUUGUCUUUCAAAAGAUUUCGAAACGGAGUCUUAAAAGUUUGUACAAAAACUGACAGCUUCAUAGCUCUUCCUAAUGACUUUGAAUGUCGUCUACAGGAAAAUCCUCUGUAUAAAUAUGCUGCGCGAAACUGGGGAUUCCACGCUUUCAAUUCGGCUGAGAAUAGAGAGGUUCUGCGCUUCUUAAAGUCUGUGGGCCAUGUCGAAGCCGCAAGCCAGGCAUUCUGUUAUGACUUAUUUAAGUACCCUCAUACAUUUCCCAGCGAUACAAUGUUUGCAAUGCAUCUUGCCGCACAUUUCGGGCUUGCUUACGCGGUGUCGGCCUUGCUCGAAGAUGGCCACUUGCAUUCAUUGGAUCGAAAUGACCGAACACCGCUUUCCUAUGCCGCCGAAAUGGGACAUGUCAAUGUAGUUUCGAUAUUGCUGGAAAGUAUGCAGCAGUUAGGAGUUCAUGAUACAACUCCCGAUAUUUCGCCGUUAUCAUCCGCUGCAACUCGAGGCCAUAUCGAUAUCAUCAAACUACUUUUGGCAAGUGGCGAGGGUGAUCUAAACGGUACGGAUGAAGAUGGAAAUUCAGCACUGACAUUUGCCGCUAUGCAUGGGCACAUUAAGCUGGUUGAUCUGUUUUUGGAUAUGCCUAUGAUAGAGGUCGAUAUCAGCCGUGAGGUAACAACGGUAGACGAAGGUUUCUGUCGCCGGCACACAAACUGUUUUGCUGACUUCAUCGAUGAAUCAGUGGACGGUCCAUGCGACAUAUCUGUUCAUCAAGUGGAGAUGGAAGAAUCAAGACGCACGCCACUGUCCUACGCAGCAGAACGUGGUCAUACUCAUGUUGUCAAACGUCUGCUCGCCUCAAAGAAAGUCAACCCAAAUUCUCAUAACGGCUACGGGCAAACCCCACUGAUUUACGCUUCUUGGAGGGGACAUGACGAUGUAGUACGCGAACUUUUAAAGGAAGAUAACUUGGAGAUUGAUUUGGCAGACGAUGGAGGAAUGACACCCCUGUCAUAUACCGCUACAUAUGGCCGAGAAAUAGUUUUCAAAACUCUGCUGGACACUCAUAAAGCUAACCCUGACAGUUCUGAAACCAAUGGUCAAACCCCAUUGUCGAAUGCGGCCCGGCAUGGAUUCGGUAAGAUUGUUCUCUGGUUGUUGGAGACCAAUGAUGUGGAUGUAAAUUCCAAAUGCAACGACUAUCAGAUAGGCUCAGGCUGUACACCAUUGAUAAUAGCUGCAGCAAAUGGAUAUGCACAUAUAGUGGACAUCCUGAUCAAGUUCGGAGCGUCGAUUACCCUGCAAAAUGACAAAGGUUACUGCCCACUGUUAGCAGCAAUCGUGUAUGGGGAGUUUGAAGUUGUGCAGACGCUCGUCGGUGUAGUCUCAAAGACAAGCCAAACUACAACUUGGGACCAUCUUGGCUCCACGCCAGUAUCAUGGGCUGCCGAAAGUGGCAAUACCAGAAUUUUGGGGUUCUUGCUUGAACACGGCUUCUCGUGCAAUUCGACGGAUCGAAACGGCCGACUUCCGUUAUCAAAUUCCAUUUUAAAUCGUCACUUGGAUGCUACACGUCUACUUCUUGAUCACGGUGCAGAACUUGGCCAUGCAGCAACAGAAAUGGAAAUGCCGAUUCAGCAAGUUCCUCAUACAUCCUUACAAAUAGCAUUACUUCUAAUGGAACGUGGGGUCAAUAUCAACAUCUACGAUGAAUGGGGUCGCACAAUCAUGUCGAAUAUUGCCGCUCGACAUUGCUUCCGUGGAGAACCGGCAGGCCUUCAAUGGCCGACUGUAGAUACUCCAAAACGGCAAAACAUGCCUGAUCAUUACCAUUCCACAAGGCGAUUAUAUCCUCAGUCACCCUUUCAGAGGAUCCCAGUACCAAGUCUGCCAAAGCAUUACAGGAUGGGGAUGCCCAUGCCAGUUUCUAUCCCUAGCGGUAUAGAUCCAUGUGACGAAUUCAGGGUAUCAUUGAUAGAGAUUCUGGAUAAGACUGGAAUUGGGACUGACCUAAGAGAUAUUGACGGACGAACAGCCCUAAGUUGGGCAUGCGAGGCUGUCAAUGUUGACAUGAGUCAAACAUUGCUUGAUUAUGGCGCCGAUGUCAACUCGAAGGACAACAGCGGCCGAACACCGCUUAUUCACGCCGUUCAAAACAAUUCACAGUCUAGACAUCGUCUGGCAAUGGUACUGCUCGAAUAUGGUGCAUCAGUGGAUGUUAUAGACUCUAAAAUGCGGACAUCCCUGAGCUACGCUGCAGAGCAUGGUGCGACAGAAACUGUAAGCACUCUGAUCAAAUAUGGCGCGGACCCUCACGCAAGGGACGGCGAUCAUUGGACGCCAAUGUUCUUCGCCUACAAGGGAAGGCACCCCGAAACCGUAAAACUUCUUCUACAAAACAAAGCAGAAAUCGACAUUGUUGACCGGCUGGGACGAACACCUCUGGACUAUGGAGGCGUUAUUCUCCCCGAGGACAAGAUGAUGACUGUCACACCAGAAGAUGUUUACAUCAAGUGGAGGAAAAGAAGAGAUGAGGAAGAACUUGAUAAUCUCUUAAUGGAAUCCUUUGCGAUGACCGCGCCGAAGUAUAGUAGGGAAUCUAGCACGGAGCAUACGGGGCAGAACGAGCAAGAAAACAUUGAGUUGUUGUAGUGAUUUUUCAUAGAUUUUGUUUUUUUUUUCAGUUAAGUUAUAUACAGUUUAAAUUCAUAAAUUAUGUACAUACAUGGG